AUGUUGAAAUUUAUGCUCUUUGCGGCGUUGAGCGCAGCCACCAUCACUAUUGUCGAUCCCAGUGACUAUGCAGACCUCUCAGCCGAUGCGGUGGAUGACGCUCUUACAGCAGACUGGAACUAUCAGCCACUGUCAUAUCAAGCCCACGCAAUUACUGGGCCAUAUACCUACAGCGGCGAAGAAAAAGAAAUUUCUCAUCACACACUCUCUGUUUCAGCCAACGACACAAGCGUCGUGGUCAUCACCGAAGGGUCACAAGUGAAUAUCUCCGACUCAACUAUUAUCAAACAUGGCUACUCCACUGACCUGUACCAGUCUAGCUUCUACGGACUGAACGCUGCAAUCAAUGUGGCUAAUACUUCGGUUGCCUAUUUGGACAACAUCAAUGUCACUGUUCACAAUGGAGCGGCCAAUGUAUAUGUAUAUGGUAACAACUCAUACGCUUAUGUUUCCAACUCUACUUUAUACAGCUCAGGUCCCGUCUCUCACGGGCUUUAUGCUGCUGGAUAUGGGACAGUUGUUGGCAAGAAUCUUCAGCAUUACUCGGGAGCAUACCGAUCAUCAUCCUUUGCUGGUGACAGUCCUAAAGGAUACGUCUACGUCUAUGAUUCAGUCUCUCAUACUGUUGGCAUUGGCAGUGCCAUUUUCUACGGGCAAGGAACAAUCUACGCUGAAAAUAUCAUUGGUCAUGCCGAAAAUGCUCCCAUUGCGUUUUUGGAUGGCUCUCAAGUGGACAUCCAUGAAUCAGACCUGACUGCCGGUUUGCUUGCCGGCGUGAUUGUAUUCUCCUCGGGUGCCCGUGAAUCUGGAUCUGAGAUCAGCUUCACAAAUUCACGACUCACAGUUCUCCCAGAGUAUGGGGCGGGCUUGUGGUUUGGGAAUGUUAUUGCCACGGCAAGCCUGGUGCGCUCCCAAAUCAAUACGACUUCGGGAAUUCUGGUUGCUGCCAACUACUCGCAAGUGACACAAGAUUUCACUUAUUUUGCGGACUCAACCGCCGCCGCCGAGGCUACGGUCACCGUCUCCGAAUCCGAUCUCACGGGAGAUCUAGUUGCCUAUAACGGAAGCACAAUCAGCUGGACCCUAGGUAACUACUCCUCAUGGACAGGCUCAGCAUAUUCUGGAUAUGAGAAAGCGUACUUCUCUGUGUAUAUUGAUGCCACAUCUUCUUGGACCCUAACUAGGGACACUGUGUUGACAAACUUCACCGAUGCUGAUACGAUGCUUUCCAAUAUCCAUAGUCAAGGCUUUAGUAUUUAUUAUGAUUCGAGUGCCAAAGGGAGCCAGUGGUUGAAGGGAGCAACUAAGAAGAUGAAUGGCGGAGGAUCCAUAAAACCAGCAACCAAAAAGCAGUUGCAACACCGCGAUUGA